GACUGUUCCAGCCCCUGGCCUCCCACCAUGGCGGUGGCUGGGGGGCAGCAGCACUAAAACUUUGUAAAAAUCAAGUUUAACCUGUUCAAAUCGGUCCGUCAUACUACCACGGGGGCAAGGGAACUGUCAAGAUUCAAAAGCCCAGCAGAAAACAGUUCUAAAGGACGUUAACUCUUUGUAGAGUUGAAAACAAAGGCGCAGGCAAAUCGUAGGAUAGUAUUACAGGAAACUUCCUCAAACGACUCCUGAGAUUUAACAACAUAUGCAACUCCUACAACUAAAUCGUCGCGAUGGCUGAAGGCAAACAUGACAAUACAGCAGGAGUGAGAAAGUACUUCUUUUUCAUUAAGGAGAAUGUCAGCUCAGAUUGGAAAGACCUGGCCUUCCAUCUUGAUUUUCGGCGGUCAGACACUGACAACAUUUCCGGUAGAAACCUGGAUGACAAGUCCCGCUGUAUGGACCUGUUGGAGGAAUGGCUCAAGUGUAACGGGGAGAGAGCCACCGUAGAGGUCCUGAUGGAGGCUCUGUCUCAGUCAAACCUACAAAGUACAGUGGACGGACUAAAGAACAAAUAUCCUGAGUUGAAGACAUCACAAGCCUCAAGUAGCCAACAGGAAAUGAAAGAACUGUUCCAGAAGUCUGUGCAAAAGUACUAUGAGUUGAAACUGACUUACUUCAAGCCUCUGAUCUGGAAUGACAACUUCACUGUUACUCUUAGUGACAUCUUCACCCAGUUAGAGUUGAUACCAAUACAAGAGAAACAACUCAAAAUGUCAGACGGAAACCAGGUCUGGCGAGGACAUGGAACAAAACUCAAAUCAUUAGACGACUUGUUCAAACCCGACGAUGGCACAGGUCAAGCCAAAGCACCAAGGUGCAUUCUGAUUGAGGGUGAAGCUGGAGGAGGGAAGACAACGUUUCUGUCCAAAGCAGCCCUGGAUGCCCUCUCACAGAAGACAGAGCUGGGCAAGCGACACGACAUCGUCCUGUUGAUCCGACUCCGGGAGGUGAGAGAAGGGGAGACCAUAGACGAGAUGGUUUGGGACCAGUGUGUUCCUGAAACAACUGAGGGUGUUGAUGUAGAGUCUAUCAGAGCAAUCCUACAAAGGAACGAGUCCCGAGUGCUCUUUCUCCUCGACGGGUAUGAUGAACUUCGGCCAGAAGCCAAGGCUGACAGACAGGCUAUUCCCAAACUGCUGGAUGGCAAGCUGUACCCCAACAGCACAAUCGUGAUCACCUCCCGACCCUCGGCAGGAGUGCAGCAGUACACUCGGCCAGACUGCCAUGUACACGUCUUGGGUUUCUCCACCGCACAGGUGGUACAAUAUAUCAGGCAGUAUUUCAGUAAAAACUCCGAACAAGGAGAACACCUCAUAAACCAGCAUUUCAGUAUUGAAAGUUCGCGUAAUAUUCCUUUUCUUGAGUUUAUCACGGUCCGUUCAGAAAGCCGUAUUGCAGAAGAUUUGAUCCAUACUCCUAUUUUCCUGCUUUUGGUUUGUGUGCUGUGGGAGGAGGACCAAGAGACGGUGUCUACUGGAACAAGGACGGGGCCGUACGGCAACCUGCUGACAUGUCUAGUCAGAAAGUAUUGUAAGCGGGAAGGGGUGGACAUGCCAACAGACGGGCUGCCUACAGAAGUGGCGGAUUCAUUACUGCAUUUUGGCAAGCUAGCUCUAGAGGCACUGCAGAGGAAUGAGGCCCUUAUAGAUCUUGCAGAAGUAGAGAGAGAAAAUGUGAAUUGGGAGUUACUGCUAAAGCUGGGCGUGGUCUCCUUGGAAGUUUCUGCCUCUAAAUUGCAUCCAAGGAAACAACUGAACUUUUCCCACAAGACGAUGCAAGAGUUCCUUGCCGGAAGAUAUGUCUCACAUGCUCUGGUGAACCAAGACGUUGGUGAACUGUUGGAUCUCUCCUCUGUAAGGAAGGCGUUUCAACUCAAGAACCUGCUUCGGUUCACGUGUGGCUUUAAUUCACAAGUGGCACAAGCUAUCUUUACUGAGCUGAGCAAUCUCCGUAGCAAAGUGUUUCCACAUGUGCAUGUAGGUAGGUUUAAGGAACGAAUAAAGGCAGAUAAUGAGAAUACAAAGAGAGCUUAUGAAUACUUUACUUUCCUCUGCCUUGACCUCCUGCAGGAAAGAAGGGGAGACCAGGACGUACUGAGGGCUGCCAUCAGUGCCCUACCUGUUAUCUUCAUAGACCUUCGCACUAAGCCACAAUAUGAUCUUUUGUAUUACUUGGCUUACUUGCCAUCGCAGCAUCCUAGCAAAGUCAUACUUUUUGUCCAUUUUGACGGUGUUCCUGAGAACCUAGAACGUUUUUUUGACACCCUCUGUCAUCAUCCGCGGUUAGAUUUGAGAGUAAGGAUUCCAUCAUUUGGUUCACCUGAUAAAAGUGCCAAGUUGGUUUCAGUUCUGAAGAAUGUUCCUGGUCUGAUGGCGCUAAACUUAUCGUUUGCAAAUCUGACACCCUCAUCACUCCAACAAGUUGUGCAGGAGUUCAGCCACAUGUCUCAGUUAGAGGAGCUGGAUCUUUCUUUGAACCCUGACCUUGGUGAUGCUGGGAUGGAUGUCCUGAAGGAUGGACUGUCCAGUAUUCCAAAGCUAACUGUACUUCGUCUGCGUGGCUACUUUGGAGACGGCAUGACAGCUUUAGGCAUUGCAUCGAUGACUCCAUAUAUGCGUCACCUUGCGGGUCUCAGAGAACUGGACAUAACUGACAAUGAGAUCGGCGACACCGGGUUGGAAUCUCUCACCGACGUGCUCCACGUCUUCACCGCCUUGCAGGUGUUGGGCCUGAGAAGGACUCGUAUCAGCUCCGCAGGCAUGCGCACACUGGUCCCUACACUGUGUAAGCUAACCAAAAUGAUGGAACUGGACAUUAGCAACAAUAUCGACAUAGGUGACCCUGGACUGGAAUGCCUGGUUGACCACCUCCCUCACCUCACAGGCAUGAAGGUGUUAAAGAUGUGGAACAUAGGUUUCACUGACCGGGGAAUAUUUGCUUUGGUCGAAGCUCUGCCUCAUCUGCCGGAAUUACAGGUUCUUGAUGUAAGGUACAAUAACAUAGAUGAAUCAGGGAUCGUCUCACUGGUUCAAACUAUCUGCCAGCUGGUGGACGGUAACUCCACAGUACAGGAGCUGCACAUCGGUAUAAAUAAAGGAGUGACGGGAGCUACUUUGGAGACGAUUACACAGCUGAUCAGCGCACUGCCGUCACUGACCGAGCUCGACUUGUCUGGUCACUAUGAUGAACCCGCACACCUAUCUGACACCGCUGCCUCUACUCUGGCCGAAGCUCUACCCAGACUCCCUGCCUUGGAGAAGCUGAGCCUGUCUAACAUCUCCGUGGGGUCUGAAGGGUUCAAGGUUGUGAUGCAGGCUGCUGAGGAACACCCAAAACUGGACGAGCUGUCGUACUCGCCGCGGGAUCCGUUUCCUGAGGAAGUGUACACCAGUGAUACCUGCUUGACGUUUAUUAAGUGACGGCUUCAUGAUCGAAAGGUCUGACUGAUACAUGCUUUUUUUCAUUGAUUUGUGUGAUUAGCCUGUAUAGUUGUGAAUUACAUCUACAUGUAAAAAUACCAUUUCUGUGAAUCAAGAGAUUUAUAGCAUGCUAAAACACAGAUUUGUUCUCUGCAAUUGAAUUAUAAGGAAACAGACUGGUACCGUUGAUUGGAUUAUGAGUGUUGUGGCCUACGAAAAAUCUCCUAUGUACUGACAGGUUAUCAUUCGAGAGAAUCCAGUUAUAAUAGAAUUUCAUCUGUGUUGAUCGUAAUCAUAGUACAAUGCUAAAGCAUCGUACUAUGAGCGAAUUCAGUUUUAGUGUCGGAUAUGUCACCAAUAUGCAAUAAAGGUACCUGUGCCAUGUACAUAGGAAAAGAUCUGAA